AUGCGGCCUGGCGUGUUGGAAGUGCUCGGAUUGAUUAGCUUACCAAGGCAAGCCCAGCCUUGCAGGGAGGAAGGUGAUGCUGUGGCUUGUCUGGCACGUCUAGGCCCUGACAAGGAAGGUGCCACGUUCUGGGACCUCAUGCUGUAUCGAGGCUCUUCUCAGCCCCCAGGCUCCUGCUUCCAGCCCCUCCCAGAGCUGAUGGUGGCCGUUGGGCACAGCGGCAGAGGACAGCUCCUGGGCUCCACCUUUUCCCUCACGCUGCCAGCACCAGUUAGACGCCUGGUGACUCUCAUCUCACAGCAGGCCACACUGCUCGCCUCCAAUGAAGCCUUUAAAAAGCAGGUGGAGAGUGGUAGUGAGGCGGCCAAGAAGUACAUGGAGAAUGACCAGCUCAAGAAGGUGACUGCUGUUGAUGGAGGCAAGUUGGAUGUCGGGAAUGCUGAGGUGAAGUUGGAGGAAGAGAACAGGAGCCUGAAGGCUGAGCUGCGGAAGCUAAAGGACGAGCUGGCCAGCACUAAGCAAAAACUAGAGAAAGCUGAAAACCAGGUUCUGGCCAUGCGGAAGCAGUCUGAGGGCCUCACCAAGGAGUACGACUGCUUGCUGGAGGAGCACGCAAAGCUGCAGGCUACAGUAGAUGGUCCCAUGGACAAGAAGAAAGAGUAAGGGCCUCCUUCCUCCCCUGCCUGCAGCUGGCUUCCACCUGGCACGUGCCUGCUGCUUCCUGAGAGCCCAGCCUCUCCCUCCAGUACUUCUGUUUGUGCCCUUUGCUUCCCCCAUUCCCUUCCACAGCUCAUAGCUCGUCAUCUCGGCCCUUGUCCACACUCUCCAAGCACAUUACAGGGUACCUGAUUGCUACACGUUCAGAAUGCGUUUGCUGUCAUCCUGCUUGGCCUGGCCAGGCCUGGCACAGCCCUGGCUUUCAUGCCUGAGCGUGGA